UAGUGAAAGUCAGUUGAAAGGAAGCAACCCACUGUGUAGAGUUACUUCAGAUUUUCAUAAGCACUAAAUUAAUAAAAAUGCGUUUAAUACUAGUUUUGGCCUUUGCCGCUGUGGCAUAUGCCGGCACUAUUUUGCCACAUAAACUUCCAGAACACGCCUUGUCCGAUUCUGUUUUGGACAGUGAUAGUGAAAUUGAAAUUAUCACAGAUCCAGAAGAUGGCAUUAUUGCUGCACCACAAUUCAUUGUUUCCUGGCAAAUUCGUCGUUUCAUCCGUAAGUUGCAAAAGCAAAUGCCUUGCGGAUUUGAACAAUACGGAAUCCCACCAUUGGCUCCAUUGAAAAUACGUGAAGCUGAAUUCACCUACGAAAAAGGCAUGUUAACCACUUUCGAUAAAGUCUUCCGUUUCCGUAUUGAUGGUUUGGAUGAUUUCAAAAUUAAGAAGUUCAAGUUGAACAUGAUCACCAGCAAGAUUACUUUCGAUUUCUUAUUCUCAAACAUUAAAGCUUCUGCUACUAAAUACGAAACUGAUACUCUAUUGGAUGCUAUGCGUGAAAUGGGCUUGUCUGUACAAUACGAAGGGGAUGGUUCUUUGGAGUUCGGUUUAAAGAACUUGCGCAUUGCUGGUACCUUGAAAUACAAAAUUCCAAUUUUAUGGGGAUCCAUUAAGAUCACUUCAUUAAAAACACAAGUCAGUUUGGAAUCUUGCGAUUCUAAUAUUAAUGGUUUCAUGGGUGAAGGUUCUAUCAAUCGUAUGAUCAAUCAACAAAUUGAAAACUUCGUUGAACAUGGCAUCAAUGAUAACCAAGCUGCUAUUUCUGACGCUAUUGAGGAUAAUUUAGUGCCAAAGGUCAACAAAAUGUUAAAGGGUAAUGAUUUCUGGACAUUAAUAGACUUGAUCUUCUCAAGCAGUGAAGGUGAAAAUGAAGAUGAUCCAAUUGUAACUAAAUGCAUUCCACCAGAGGAUCCAUGGGCUUAAGUAUACUAACUGUCUAUAUGUUUGUUGUUUUUUAAACAAAAAAUGCAAUAAUAAACUGUAAUACGAAAAUUUUAA